GCAAUGUUGUUGCCUAGGCCCAGUUUAUACCAGCAUGACCAGUGCUACUGGCACUGCCAGUGUUGGCCAUGCAUGUCAUGUCGUACCCUGUGCAUUAAACCUGUGAAGGAAGCCUGGGACAAGAGGAAGAGUAUGGCCAGGAAUUUGGCUGACAUGGGAUUGUCUGUCAACCCCAACAAGACGAUACCGAUACCCAAAAUGAAGGACAAGCUCAAACCAAUAGCAGGUGAAGACACUGAGACAGAAACACCUGAGCCAAGCCAACCGUCCAAGAUUUUUGUUUUGCAAGCUCUUGAGGACAUGGCUAAUGUUCCACUGGGAAGGUCUGUCCGCAUAUCACAGCCUCUGAUGAAUUACUGCAUACGUUUAAUGGAGAAAUAUGGCGAAGACUAUAAGGCCAUGGCGAGAGAUCCCAAGAACUACUACCAGGACACUCCCAAACAGAUCCGAAGGAAGAUCAACCUGUUCAAGAGCAUACCAGAGCAGUAUAACCCGUACAUCCAGGGCAAGAUGACAGGUGAAGACAGCACAAACAGAUGUACGGAUACCAGGUGAUUUGCAGCUUCAUUUUGGAUGAUCUGUGUAUUUUGUAUUCACAGUGUACUCCUCAAAAAUGGUUCUUCAUUGAUGGGUAUUUGGAAAAUGCAUGGACUGGAUAUUUCUAGAUUUUCAGGUUUUUUUCAUUCUAUUUAUAAAACCAAAAUCUGAAAAUUAUUUUUGACACAACGUCCACUACAAUAUUCCCAUGUUGAAUUUGAGUUUCUAAUUCUGCAUUAUCAUAUCUGUACAUCAACCCACAUUUUCUUUUCGAGUGCAAGGUUUCACAUUGUGUUUAGGCACAUAUGUCUGCAUGUAAAAUGGAUUAGCAAUUUUUAAGAACAGUAUGCAAUGUAUAGUAUGCACUGUAGAUCACUACACCACAAAUCAACAACGUGAUUGUACAACAUGGAAUGUAAAUCACGAUGAAGAUUCUCUGUAAAAGGAAGACAGCUACAUGUAGCGUUCAUAUCAUUGGACCAGUUUACAGAAAUAUUUAUUGCAGUGAGUUCAAAACAUACAAUGGCUAAUACAAUGUCAUUGGAUUAUAACAAGGAGUAAUAGUAUUAAUGUGGCAAUGCAAAGUAUGUACAAAAGUGCUGAGAAUAUUUGUGCAUGGAACACAUUGCUGAGCCUGUAACUACAGUGUAGAUUGGCCACUCUUACUUUACUUCUGGCCAUUCUCUGCAGAGGAUCACUUGUGAUUGGUUAACGCCAAUCAGACAUCAACCAAUCACAAUGAGCAGGAUGAAUAUUAAGCUGUUUAAGUGUUAAUUCAUACAGUGAGGUAAAAAAAAAACUUUCAUUCAAAAGUAUUGGUAAUUGUCAGUGUUAUUUUACACCUACAAAGUGAUAGCAAAUAUUCCUUACAAGGCAGAUAAUAAUAAAAUGUAGAAAUAAUCACGAUUAAUAAAUGUAGUGGACAUUAAAGUAUAAUGUUCAAUGUGUGUUCAGAUAUUUUUUAAUGGCUCACACCACAAAAAUAUAAUUUUUAAUUUUUGUUUUGUUCUGGACUGUGGACGGUAGUGUUUAAAAUGCGAAGGUUGCUAUUGUAGGACAGCAUUAUUUCAUUUUGUUUAAGAGAAAACAAUUUUUGCUAAACUUGCGUAAAAAGUAAACCAACUUAACAGUGCACAGACAACUAGUUUUGUUGCACAGAACGGUGUACAGCACACAUGUCCACCAAACCAUUAAUUUUACAAGCAGAAAAUAGUUGUUUUACAUGCAAUUAUUUCAAAAAAGUUCAUGUAAAUGCACAGUUUCAAAAAUGUAUGUUGGAGAACAUGGCAUUUUUAUAAGCAACAAAUAUAAAAACGGUCAUUGUGGGACGGAUACAUGUAAUUUGAUGCAAAUGAUAUUCAACAGUUCUCAGUUUUUUUGGUGCUGACAACUAAACUGAGAUUUCCUAUCUUCAAUACAUUGGAGUAAAAAGAGAAAAAGGUAUAAUGACUAAGUUUGGGGAAUACAUGUAUAAUCUUUGGCAUAAUUGUGCUCUCAGACAGAAUUUUGUAAAGAGAUGGAGACUCCGUUCAGUUUUGAUGCACAAGAUAGAAACAGAAAUGCUGGUAAAAUAAGCCUUUGUUGACCCCCCCCCGCGAAACUCGAUUAAUUUUUUUUCUUCACUUUAAAAAUGAGGUUUGAAAGCAC